CAUCAUACACAAAACUCCUGCCGUAGUGGCUAACAUGUCUUCUAGCAAAGUGUGGUGUGAAGCGCUAGCUAAAAUGUCUUGAUGUUGUGUUGAUCACUUUCAUUGAUGAUAUUUCUAUUCCUAAAGAGAGAAAACCUAGAUUCUCGUAACUUAUGGUAUGUUCGCUCGAUCUUAUCUCGACCUAAUUUGUGAGUAAAGGUUGGUUAGAUGUAGCUAGCAUGCUAAACACAAAGACUUUACCGGGUAAUUUGUUUCAGAGGAGAGUGUGUCAGAGUUAGAACUGUUAGCUGUUUAUGUUUUUCCUGGAAAAACAGACACACUUUCACCCUCUAAACUGCACUUUAUAAAGUUGUUGAUUUACAUCUAAACCGUGUUUUUUUCUGAUUUGUGUUGAUUCGAGUAAACGCUGCAGAGAUCUUUACUUGUUCAGGUGUUUUUUCGUUUGUUUAUAAAGAUAAUCUUCUUAAAUAACUGAGUAUUUCUUGUUGUUCUUUCAGCCUGAGGACUAAAGAAAGAUGACCUCCAUUAUCAAACUGACCGCCGUGUCAGGGGUCCAGGAGGAGUCCGCCCUCUGUUACCUGCUGCAGGUGGAUGAGUUCCGGUUCCUCCUGGACUGUGGCUGGGAUGAGAACUUCUCCAUGGACAUUAUUGAUGCUAUGAAACGGUAAUCAAUCUACUCAACUUACUAUCACACCCCAGUUCUCCUUUGUGAAUCAAUUCAUGGCUUUGCGGAUGACACCCAGCUCCACCUCUCCAAAACAGAAGUCCUCCUCAUCGGCACCAAAGCCGUCAGUCUCUCCCUUACGAUUGAAAUAGCCUCAGUUUCCCCUCCCCACAGGUCAAGAGUCUGGGUGUCAUUCUUGACAGCUCUCUUUCAUUUCAAGUCCACAUCAGUAAUAUUACACCCUCCCUCACCCCUCAUCCCACAUCAGUUCUCGUCCACAGCCGUGUCACGUCCCCUUCUGAACCACCUCCCGGUUCAGAACUCUUCUGCUCGGAUCGUCACCAAAACUCCCUCAUUUCACCACAUCAUCCCCAUCCUUCAGCAGCUCCACUGGCUCCCGGUUCAAUUCAGAAUCCAAUUCAAAAUCCUCCUGUUUACAUUCAAGGCCAUCCACAAUCUCGCCCCCUCCUUACCUCUAUGAGCUCCUCCACAUCGUCACCUCCUCCCGCUCCCUCAGAUCUUCCUCCUCCAUCCACCUCACCGUGCCCUCUGCCCUCUUUCAGCCGCUCUGCUCUCAAUCUCACCUCACAUCCAGAAUAUCGACUCUCUCCCUCUCUUCAAAUCCAGACUUAAAACCCACCUGUUCAGAUUAGCACACUCCCUAUAAUUUACCUUGAGUAUCCAGAAAGGCGCGUAUAAAUAAGAUGUAUUAUUAUUAUCAUUAUCAAUGGUGUGUAAUGCCUGUUUUCCCUGCAGGUAUGUCCAUCAGGUGGAUGCUGUUCUCCUCUCCCACCCUGACCCCAUUCACCUGGGAGCCCUGCCGUACGCUGUGGGGAAACUUGGUCUGAACUGUACGAUCUAUGCUACAAUCCCCGUCUAUAAGAUGGGCCAAAUGUUCAUGUAUGAUCUCUAUCAGGUGAGAUGCUGUAUAUCCUGCAUGUAAAGCUUGACUGCAUGAUUGCCUGUGCGUCUGAAUAAUCAUAUUUUUCUUCGUUUAGUCACGAAACAACAGCGAGGAUUUCACUCUCUUCACCCUUGAUGACGUGGACAGUGCUUUUGAUAAAAUCCAGCAGCUCAAAUACUCUCAGAUUGUAAACCUGAAAGGUAAGUUCAUAGCAAACACCUUUUUUGAUUGAUUGAUUGAUUGAAGUUUAUUUUGAGUAUGCAAACCAAAAAUAUAAAAAAUGAAACAAGAAAAGUAAGGCAAAACAUUUAAACAUAAAAUAUAGAAAUACAUGUUUGAAAAGGAGAGAGAAGAAGAACAACUUAUGAACUCCCACCCCUUCCCUUUUAAUAAUAAGUACCCACACCAAGCUUCCUUGCAACUUGUUUAGAUGUACCUGAUACUUAUAUGAAAGGAGAUGUAAUCUACAUUUAUUGAGGUGUUUAAUGUCUUACUUUCUUCCCAACAGGGAAAGGUCAUGGUCUUUCCAUAACGCCUCUUCCGGCUGGUCACAUGAUCGGCGGAACUAUUUGGAAAAUCGUGAAGGAUGGGGAGGAGGAGAUCGUAUAUGCCGUGGACUUCAACCAUAAGAGAGAGAUGUGAGUGCAGAAGAAGAAAACACUCCUCCUCCCAGGUUCUCGUUUGGCUCUGAGUUAAUGAUGUUAUUCUCGUCUCUUUGUGUCUCAUAGUCACCUCAAUGGUUGCACGUUGGAGAGCAUCAGUCGCCCUUCCUUACUGAUAACAGACUCCUUCAACGCCAAAUACGUACAACCACGUCGCAAACAAAGAGAUGAGAUGCUGCUGAGUAAGUCAUUUAUUGACUGAUAUUAAAAGAUUUUUUGUUUAUAAACCACAACAGAUUCCUGCCUACCCCAACUUUAAUGUUUAUUCUCGUACGUUUAACUCACAGCCAACGUGAUGGAGACUCUGCGUGGCGACGGUAACGUCCUCAUCGCCGUGGAUACAGCUGGGCGUGUCCUCGAGCUGGCUCAGCUGCUGGACCAGAUUUGGAGGACUAAGGAUGCUGGGCUGGGAGUUUACCCUCUAGCUCUGCUGAACAACGUCAGCUAUAAUGUGGUGGAGUUCUCCAAGUCUCAGGUCGGUGGAUCAUCGGCUGAUUUAGUGCCGCUCACUCUCUGAUGAUUUAGUUUCAUGGUUGUUUUAGGAAAAAGGAUCUCUUGAAUCUUCACAGCAGCUCAAGUUUUUACUGUAAGUCUGCCGUCUUCCUGUAGGUGGAGUGGAUGAGCGACAAGCUCAUGAGGUGUUUUGAAGACAAGAGGAAUAACCCCUUCCAGUUCCGUCACCUGACGCUCUGUCACAGUCUGACAGAUCUGGCGCGGGUGCCCAGUCCCAAAGUCGUUCUCUGCAGCCAGCCGGACUUGGAGUCCGGGUUUUCCAGAGAACUCUUCAUCCAGUGGUGCCAAGACGCCAAAAACUCAGUCAUCCUCACCUACCGCACCACACCUGGAACCCUCGCCCGCUACCUCAUCGACAACCCCGGAGAGAAGAUGCUGGAUCUGGAGGUGAGUCCUGCGGUCUGUUUGUUGAUUUCCUCUGACAACAGAGGGGUAUUUUGAUUUUCCUCUCGCCCCUCGGGACGCUCGUGUUCCUCACACUCCCAAAGACCCAGCUGGAGGAACAACAGAACGUGUCAUUCUGUCAUUUGCACCAUAUCUAUCUUCUCUCUCUCCUCUUUGUGUCAGGUGAAAAAAAGAGUGAAGCUCGAAGGCAAAGAGCUGGAAGAAUACCUGGAGAAGGAUAAGAUAAAGAAAGAAGCGGCUAAAAAACUGGAACAGGCAAAAGAGUAAGAAAACAGAUGCUGCGUCUCUGCUCAAAGUCUCUUUUUAGAGACCUGCUGUUUAAAGUUAAAUUCUUGUGUUUUCAUGUUCUGUAAACAGCUUAGACAGCGAAUUAUGUGAUAAUUGCAAAUAAAUCCAAAUGAUGGUCUGAGUUUCACAUAAAAAAUCGCUCAUUUCAAAGUGAUUCUGUCGUACAUCAGCUAAGCAGAAAUCUCACAUCUGUGCUGAGGAGAAUAAACAAUAUCUGUUCUUGCAGGGUGGAUGUAGACUCCAGCGACGAGAGCGACAUGGACGACGAUCUGGAUCAGCCGGCUGCGGUCAAAACCAAACACCACGACCUGAUGAUGAAGUCGGAGGGGAGCCGCAAAGGCAGCUUCUUCAAACAAGCCAAGAAGUCGUACCCCAUGUUCCCCACACACGAGGAGAGGAUCAAAUGGGACGAGUACGGGGAGAUCAUCAGGCUGGAGGAGUUCCUGGUCCCUGAGCUGCAGGCCACAGAGGAGGAGAAGAGCAAACUGGAGUCAGGUUUGACAAACGGGGACGAGCCCAUGGACCAGGACCUGUCUGUCGUUCCCACUAAAUGCAUCUCCAGCAUGGAAAACCUGGAAAUCAGGUCAGCGAUCCUUGAAUUUGUCUUUCUCUUAAAAACUACUCAGAGCUGAACAGUGUUGUUUUCGUCAGGCAGGACGAAAACUUAAAUGACGACGUCAGACCCCUUUUUUCCUUGACAAAAAUGAGACUAAGACGAACGUCACCAAAGCUCUGUAAAGACUAAAAUGUGACGAAAAUUGUAUUCAUUUUCGUCAGACGAGAACGAGACGAAACUAAAUUGUUAUUAGGUGGACGAACAAAGUUUCAAAACAUGCUUUUUUUUGUCCUAACAGUCACGCCCCCAUCACACACGCACCAAAAGCCUCGCUCGCGCACAGCUGCGCGCACACACUCAUGCACAUACACAGAGCGGCAGGUGGACGCGGCGCGCACACACACACACCGUGGCGGCAGGCACAGCAGCGGUACCCGGUGGCCGAAAGAAGAUACAGUCCAAGUGACAAUAAAAUAAAAGUGACAAUAAAACACGGGACGGGGAGACGAGACAGACGACAGUUGUGGAGCCACAGCUUCCUCAUGCUGCGGCUUCAAACUGUCGGGAAAGAACACCACGAACUUCCAAACGCACCUUUUCGUCGACUAAAACUAGACUAAAACCUUUUGAGUUUUCGUCGGACUAAAACUAGACGAAAACUAUCAAGGAUAGAAAUGACUAAAAUGGGACUAAAACGAAGAAGCAUUUCGUCAAAAUGACUAAGACUAAAACUAAAUCUAAAAUGCCUGCCAAAAACAACACUGGAGCUGAAAAGUGUCCAAAUGUGCGAGGUUCAGUUUUGUGACCCGGUCUUGGGUGCGUUCCUCCGCAGAGCGAGAAUAUCGUACAUCGACUACGAAGGUCGCUCUGACGGCGACUCCAUCAAGAAGAUUAUUAAUCAGAUGAAGCCCAGACAACUGGUCAUCGUUCACGGUCCGGCAGAAGCCAGUCUGGACCUGGCUGACUCCUGCAGGGCCUUCAGCAAGGACAUCAAAGUGUACACCCCCAAACUCCAGGAGACAGUGGACGCCACCAGUGAAACACACAUCUACCAGGUCAGACUUCAUGUUGUUUCGAUUCAAAGAAAACAUGUCAGACAUCUACGUCUCUUCAGGAUCUCAUCAGUCCUCGUCCCGUCUCUGUCUCUCGUUUUAAAGGUGCGGCUUAAAGACUCCCUGGUGAGCUCGCUGCAGUUCUGCAAGGCCAAAGACACCGAGCUGGCCUGGAUCGACGGCGUGCUGGACAUGCGUGUGGUGAAGGUGGACAUGGGCGUGAUGCUGGAGGAGGGGGCGAAGGAGGAAGCGGAGGAAGGGGAUUCGGCCAUGGAGGUGGCGCCGCCGGACCUGGGCAUCGAUCACAGCGCCGCGGCGGUGGCGGCACAGCGGGCGAUGAAGAAUCUUUUCGGGGAGGACGAGAAGGAGGUGUCCGAGGAGAGCGAUGUGAUCCCGACGCUGGAGCCUCUGCCGCCACAUGAGGUCAGGCAGCGGAGAGAUUUCAAAGAAAAAUGAUUAAACUCGUAAUCUUAAAAAAGUCCAGGAUGAAUCUAGAAAUAUGGAAAUGUCCUUUUUGUUUAACGAGUUAAGUGCUGCUGAGAAGACGUGUCAUUUCUGCACAUGUCGUGUGUGCACGCUAAUGGCUGCGCACGUCUGUUGGCCGUUAAAGAGACCAUGAAGCUAUAUCACAAAUCACGUCUGUGCAAACACACUUUAGAUUGAGAUUCAAGGUCGUCUUGGAGAGAAAAGCUGCAGCAGAUUAAUGAGUGAACAGCCUUCGAGUUUCACACGUCAGUAUCAGACACCGGGAGGACAGAAAGUUUUCUUUUCAUGCCUCGAGUCUUUCCACUUUUUAAUAUUUCAAGUAGAAAGUCUCCACAAGGACGUACAAGCGAUCAAGACAGCCCUCAUCCUAACCAGAACCCUGUCCCCGCAGAUCCCGGGCCAUCAGUCGGUCUUCAUCAACGAGCCGCGCCUGUCCGACUUCAAGCAGGUCCUGCUGAGAGAAGGCAUCCAGGCCGAGUUCGUGGGAGGAGUGCUGGUGUGUAACAACAUGGUGGCCGUCCGCAGGGUGAGUGUCCUUCCCACAGGGUCUGUGAGCGUGAAAUUAUCCAUCAGUCCCGACAACGCAAAACCCUGACAGAGAGGAAAAGAGGACGACAUAUGGCACAGGCGUGUUUUUCUGCCAAAACCAAAUCAAAGUUUCCCAAAUUCCUUCAUGUUCGAAUGUUUGAUUUGUGGCCAACGCUUUAAGGAACCAGAAAGAAAAGAGAAAUAAAGGAUCUGUGGAAGAAAAAACACAUUAAAGGUCCAAACAAAGUCCUUUUAGAGGCUCUGAGCUCCACACUAUUAAUACACCCUCUCAAAUCUGUACCCUUCAGAAAAUAUUAGACCUUAAAACCAGAGAAACAAGUGAUUUAUCAGGGCAGUAAAGAGGUACAGGCAGAGUACAUUUCCAGUGACACGAGUAUUUUAUCGCCGAGGUUCAGACCGAGCCAGAAAAAGUGGAGAAAAUUGUUCUCAUAAGACGCUCUGAAGUUGUUGUGAACAUUUCCCCUCAUGCUUGAUAACGGAGUUUACAUCCUGAGGGAAGGAAGGAAACACACUGUAGACACAACUGCAGUUAAGAUUUGAAGGAUCAAUAAUAAUACGUCUCUUUACGAUUAAAUGGUUACUCUGACGACUCGUUGAGGUUUAUGUAAUUAGGAGUAAAAUCUAAAAUAAACUAUCUUGUGCACACACAAACUAGAGCACUGAAGACGAAGAGUAAACAAACCCAGCUUUCCUAAGUGGGAUAAAAAACCCCAGUGGCGCACGAGAACAUCUCACUUCAGAAGAAACACACGCAAAAAAAAAUAAAGAUGAUAAUAAUAAAGGCAGAACUUAACAGAAGUAAGAGAAGAAGUGAGCCAGGACUCCGACAACAAAAUGCAUAAUUGACAAGGACUUAAAAUAGGCGCAACCCAGAAAGUGAAAUCAAAGAGAAGGGAGACUUUUAAAGGAGUCUGAGUGUGUUUGAAGUCGAUCGCUUCAUUAUUUAAAUCUCAAAUCUGUCGGAAAAGUCUGUUUCUGUUUCAAAGGUCAGAAGCUCCAAAUGUCUGAAGGUGAAUCCGUGUCGUACGAAGUGUAAAUGAGUGUUAUGUGUGGACCCGCCUGACCCCGACAUCUUUGUACUCUGUGUCCAGACGGAGGCCGGACGCAUUGGCCUGGAAGGCUGCCUGUGUGACGACUACUACAAGAUCCGGGAGCUGCUGUAUCAGCAGUACGCCGUGGUAUAGCAGCAGCAGCAGCAGCAGCAGCAGCAUCAGGAGGAGGAGGAGGAGGAGGAGGAGGAGGACACGCUGCAGAGAGCAAACCACAGCAUUACAGAGACAAUCCUCUGUGUGAGGACUUUACUCAGAGGAGAAGAGUGGUGCACACUCAUCAGCAGAAGCCCGAGCUGUUUCCCUGCUCACAUGUUGUACAUUUCCUCUUUUGUAACUUUGUUCCAGGUCCUUUUUUAUCGUUCGAUUUACCGCUAUAAUGUGAGAGACAGCCGACCGACUCCUCUGUUCGAACAAUCGUCCGACACCCUUCACUGUACAGCAGAAUCCGAAAUGAUGUGUUUCCUCUCUGAUCCUGAUAUUAAAACAGUUUCUUUUUUUGAAGAGUUUGUCCCAGAGAUCUGGAUGUUUAACUUUCUCAAGAGUCGAUUAAAACGGCUCUUUUACCCACUUCUUACACCGGCUACAUCUACAACUCUCCAACCUCACCUGCUUUCCUACCCAGCGAGUGAUCAGAGAUGUAACAUCAUGAGUCACUCUGCACUGAGCAGGACUUUUAUGUACCACUGUGAUCAUUUAACAGGCGUACAAGUUCGCUCUCUUGGUUGGUUUGACUCUCACAUGAUGAUCAGCUCCUGUCAGGGUCCAACAAAUCCAAACUCAAACUCUAAAACCAGCUCUUGAUUAUAUUUCCUACUUUACAGCUUUAACAGAAUUCAAGCAACUUUUCCUGUUCAUGAAAUUCCCACAAAUGCAAUCUCUUACUCUCUUACUGUCUCCACACAAGUGAGUAAAAUCAUUCGCGCGAAUGGAUUACGUUAAGUCAAUGUUAAAGGGAUAUUUCUUUAUCUUUUCCUUGAAGUAAUAAUCACCAUAUUAAUCAUUUUCACUGCAGACGCUGUAGUUCUUCUGCUUUAGCGUCUCGGUCUGAUUGUAUUUCCAUGAAGUAAUGAUCAUAAAUGUUCUUCCUUGAGCUGUGUCACCCCGCUGUAGUCCGUAAUGGACUGUCCUGAGGUCUCCCUACAAACAAGCGUCUGCUGGUAGAGAGUAGGUGAGUUGUGUUUAGUCUCUUUGCUAAAGAAAUUAGUCAAAGUUAAAAAGAUGUUUGGUGUCUAGUACUAUGUCUGUGACCCUAUAUGUCCUGUUGAUGAAGUUAGGUGCUGUUCUGAGCAUUAUUUGUGGCUAUAGAGUGGCGUUUUGGUUGAGGGCGUGGCUCUCUGUAUUGCUAUCAUGCGGUCGUUACUGAAGUAUUUUACGCCGGAAUAUCCCUAUAAAUUCCCACAAAUGUAACCUCUUUCUGUCUCCACACACCAAGUCAGAGUAAAAUCAUUCGCGCGAAUGAAUUACAUGUUAAGUCAAUGCAAAGACCGUUGAAAUUACCAUUGAUGCGCGAAUGAAGCGAGUAAAUACUAUUCGUUUGUGCGAAUUAGGCGAGUAAAUAAUAUUCGUUAGCGCGAAUUAGGAAAGUAAACAAUAUUCAUUCGCGCGAAUUAGGCGAGUAAAUACUAUUCGUUCGCGUGAAUUAGGCAAGUAAACAAUAUUCAUUCGCGCGAAUUAGGCGAGUAAAUACUAUUCAAUCGCGCGAAUUAGGCGAGUAGAUGAUUUUAUUUAGUGUGAGCCCCACAUUAGACAGCUGAACCUGGACUCAUCACCUGAAUUAAAUCAUUACAGAAGUUUCCUUCAUGUAGAAAUCUACAUGAGACGACUUCUCUUAAGGCUUAGUUGUAUUAUUGUAAAAUAAGCAGAAGCCUCCUUUAACGCAGAUGCAUCUAUCUAUCAAACUAAGCUUUUCCAAAUGUGCACAAACAUCCCAAACGUUCCCAUUUCUGUUGUUUCAUGUGCUGUUUGUUCACUCCUCUCCUACUAGGUCAGCUGGUUACAGCGUUAACACCAGAUGGAGACAUUUUCAGCUGUAUCUAAACCAGAUGGAGUCAGGGUGCAGCAGGACCAUCAGCACUGAGAUAGAUGAGAGUGUCCCUGAAGUCAUAACUGAGAUUGAAUAUUAUUCAGCCCGGGAUUUAAAUCAAUCACUUUAUGUGUUUGUGACAGGGUAAAAAAAAACAGAAAAAUCAUGUAAUGCUUGAGCAGUUUGUCGCCUUAUCUGUUCCUUGCACACACGGAUAUACAGCUUCACCUUUGCUGUGCUCCACUGAGGUCUAACCGGGGUGUUAGAAAGUUGGGUGAUAAGCGGGGAUGUUGUUGUGGAUGAAGGUGAGGUGAAGCGAGGUGGGUGGGGGUGUCAUUGCCGGAGUGAUGUGUCGACUGCAGCAGCCGUGGUGGCACAUCGACUCGGUUGAUUACAUUUUCAGCGUUGUGUGAAUCCCUGGUGUCGAUCCUAAACACGGGCAGCUGCAGGAUGCUACCUUUACAUGGACACACCGACACUAACACGGCUCCUAAACUCUCUGUAGUGGGGGAAACUCCUCCCACACUGAUAACCAUAAGAGGGCACACACUCACACACACACAGGCAGAAGAGUAGGAGAGUGUGUGCAUGUAAGGGGUUGAUCAUCAUGCACAUGGUUGGAGGAGUGAGACUUGAGCACGGAUGGAUGACUGGCUGACGUGCCGGCCUGUUUUUAUACAGUUGCAUAACAUACAGUUUUGCACUUUAGAAACAUUAAAAUUUAAAUGUUCUUCUUUAAUCUGUGGCUCAUAGAGAUAGAAAGAGAAACACACGGACACACAGUGAAAACCCUCCUGUUCAGAUCUGAUGCCUUUAUUUGAUUCUCUUCCCCAGAUCUGAGUAAACCUGUGAUAGACAAGAGGAGUGUGAAAAGAUGAGGAGUGAAGAGGAGGAGGAGAAGGAGGAGAGAGGAGCUCUUCUGUGCCACAGAGCAUGCCAGCCCUGCCCAGUCACUGCUUUUCAUUUUGAUAAUUGACCGCGAACGCCAGAAAUGUCCAUCAGCUAAUCCUCUUAGCUUUCAUAAUGCUGACUCUGUCACAGAAGCCCCUGUUUUAAUGUAACGAGCAGCUAAGCCCACAGCGCAGGGCCGAAUCACCCGGGGGAGCAGAAGCAGCUCUGCCCCCU